CGUCCUAGGGCUUCUGUCGUCAUUAACCGCUCGCACUCGCAUCCUAGUCUCGAGCUCUGCAGCGGCUGCGGAGAGUUCGCAAGCGGAGAUGAAGGUGGUGGCCGCAUACCUCCUUGCCGUCCUCGGUGGCAACGUCGACCCUUCCGCCGACGAUAUCAAGGCCAUCCUUGAAUCAGUGGGAGCGGAGUCGGAAGAGGAGAGGAUAGAUCUUCUGCUGACCCAGGUCAGGGGGAAGGACAUCACGGAGCUGAUCGCGUCCGGGAGGGAGAAGUUCGCCUCGGUCCCGUCCGGAGGAGGCAUCGCCGCUGUCGCUGCCACUGCGGGCGGUGGAGGGGGUGCCACCGCCGAGCCCGCCGCCGCGGAGACCAAGAAGGAGGAGAAGGUCGAGGAGAAGGAGGAGUCUGAUGAGGAUAUGUGCUUUAGCUUGUUUGACUGAGGAGCUUCUUGCGUCUUGCUUUUUUUUGGAUUGGAAGGGUAGUUCUUAGAUGGAUUUUUGGUCUUAAACAGAAACGUCAGUUCUUUUUUUUCCUUGUUUUUUUUUUCUUUUUCUUUUGCUUGAACCCAGGAUGGAAAACUGAAGAUUUAUGAGUGAAUUUUUGCUUCGUUGAAUAUUUUCUGGUAUUACAUCUUGGAUUAGUAUUGUCUUGUAUAUGAUAUAAUGAUAUAGUAAUCAGUGGUUAUUAGACCGGUGAUAUAAUGAUUCAACAAAAUUCACAGCCAA